UUACUCUCCCUCUCUCUCUCUCCUCUCGAGAGCAUUAUAAAAACAAAUAACGCGAAAUUCAUAUAAAAAAGAAAAAUAUAAAAACGCAAACAAAAGAAAAAAAGAAGAAAAAUUUCGGACCAUUUUCCAUUGUUUCUGGUUCUCGCUUUCUCUCUCAGAUGGUAAAGGGAGGGAAGGUUAGUUCCAAGCGAAAAAUCAAGACAAGGGUUCCGUCAAAGUAUCAGGGUUCCGAUGAUUCGGAUGAGGAUUAUGUGAUUUCGGGUGAAGAAAAUGAAGUUUCUGAGGAUUUAGAGGAGGAUUACUGUUCUUCUUUGGACGGAGAUGCGUCGGAAGAGAGCUUUGUGGAUGAGGAGGAAGAGGAGGAUGAAGUGAAAAAGGUGAGGAAGAAAACUCGAUCAAGAGCAAAAAGGGGUGCUGGUGGUUUUAUUGUGGAUGAGGAGGAGGAGGAGGAGGAGGAAGAAGAUGAAGAGGAAGUGAAACCAGUUAGGAAGGGAAUUAGGUCAAAGGUCCAAAAUGGUUUUUCUAGCCGGCAGAAAAAUGGGGUUAAACCGUCACGAAAGAGGAGAAAGAUUACAUAUCGUGAGGUGGAGGAUCAGGAUUAUAAUGAUGAAGAUGAUGAUGACGAUGAGGAAUUCACACCAGAUGAAGAUGAAUUUUCGGACGUGGAAGAAAAACCAGUGGUGAAAAAGAAGAAAACUGAUGGGAAAGUGGGCAAGCGGUGCUUGAAGAAAAAGGGUCGUCCUGUAAGAGGUGUAAAAAGGAGAAAAUCUUUGGCUUCAAAGAAGCCUUUGAGAAAGAAAGGUAGAACAAGUCAGGCGUCGAGGAGGAAGGCAAGAAGUGACGAUGAUAUUGAAAGUGAUAGCGAUUUCAUGGAUAGUAUUGUGCCCGUGAGAGUAACGAAUGAGAAAAAAACGGUUAGGAAAAGGAGGAGAAUGUCUAUACCGUCAGAUUCAGAUUUUGUGUCUUCUGGAGCAUCUGAUUAUGACUACACCAUCUCCGAGGAAGAGAGAGAGCAAGUACGAGAAGCCAAGGAGUUGUGUGAAAGAUUGGAAACUAAUUUGCGAAGUUCAUUAGUGCCUACUAGCAUUCAGGAGGAUACACCUGUACAACAGCCAAGAAACCCUCCUAGAAGGAAGGGUAAAGAGAAGAUUGAGCAAGUGAAGGUUGAGGUUGUAAAGCAGGUCUGUGGCAUUUGUCUCUCCGAGGAAGAUAAAAGAAGAGUGCGGGGAACACUAGACUGUUGCACUCAUUAUUUUUGUUUUGCCUGCAUCAUGGAAUGGGGAAAAGUGGAAUCUCGUUGCCCUUUGUGCAAGCAGAGAUUUAAGACAAUUAGUAAGCCUGCAAGAUGUACGACAGGAAUUGAUUUGAGAGAAGUGGUGAUACAGGUCUCUGAGCGUGAUCAGGUCUAUCAGCCGACAGAAGAAGAACUCAGGAGUUAUCUUGACCCUUAUGAGAAUGUGAUAUGUACAGAAUGCCACGAAGGAGGGGAAGAUGGCCUCAUGUUACUGUGUGAUCUAUGUGAUUCACCUGCUCACACCUUUUGUGUUGGUCUUGGCCGAGAAGUACCUGAAGGUAAUUGGUACUGUGAGGGUUGUAGACCUGUGGCUAUGGGAUCCUCAAGUUCACAGGCUCAGGGUCGGUUGUCUGAUCAAAGAACUACAAACAACAUUUUGUCUAAUAGACCAUCACCUACUGUACAUUUUGACGAAGGAAUAGACCUUAAUGUGGUGUCCUCACCUCGUCCACAAUUUACUCAAGGAUUUCCCCCUAGAUUUCCUGUUGGAGGUUUUCAAGCACCUUCCCCGGUAUCUGGGGCAGGAGCACCAACUCUAUCAGGGAGACGCUUAAUACAGCGUCAUAUUCAACAACUCCUUAAUUCUAAUAGGACGAGUUAUAUGGCCAGUAUAAAUGAGAGGAACUCAUCUGAUAAUUUGAGAAAUGAUUUCUCUCACCCUCAAGCUGCUCAGACAAGGGAAAUGACAGUCCAACAUACCAGGACAGACGAGAUGGAGGCAUCUUACCACACAUUCUUUGAGGAGAGAUUACAAAACAAUCCUUUAGCACUAGUGCCAGAUAACUUGAGUACUGAUUUCUUAAAUACAUCAGCAUCAACCCCUCAGAGAAGGCAAGCAAUUGGGGAUCCGACUACAACAUCUGCUGAUAGAUCUCAAAAUGGAGCAUUAUGGCCUGUACUUACCGGAAUGAAUUCAGUACCAAAUUCCGGACAAUUCCAUCACUUCAGCGGUAGACCAAAUAUUAGUGGAUCUGAUGCUGGUGUGUCCCCUAGUACUGCUACGGAACAGGAUGUUUUUCACCUAGCAAAGGAACAACUGAAAGUGAUGGUCAAAAAGCACUUGGAUAAUUUGUCCCGAGACGUUGAUCUAGACAAAGACACUUUCAAGGACAUUGCGAGGAGAUCUACGCACACUGUCUUGGCUGCGUGUGGACGUGAGCACAGAAGCUGUGAAGUAGUUCCCGUGCCUCCUCCCUCAACCUGCGCCCACGUUGAAUUAACGGUGGGUGGAAUGACAAGUCUGAUGAGAGGCCGAUGUCCAUCUUGUUUCGAAUCUUUUGUAGGGGAAGUUGUAAAGAGGAUCUUCGAUACAAAACUCCCGCAGUGGUUGAGUUUACGUCUCUAGUUAUCGAGUAUCCUCGUUGCAACACACGUCUUUCCCCUCCCCCGUCGAUCCUGUUUUUGUUAGGAAUUUUAGACCAUAUUUUGUUUAGCUUAUUUAAUCCCAUUUUUACAUUAAUUUGUUAGAUUAGGCUAAUUCAAAUAUAUGAAAAUUGCUACGUAUUUAUCACUUUC